AGUUGACGUGAAAACGUGUGAAAACACAUGAAUUAUGGCGACAACCUUCUUCUGUUUGCGGUGUACUGUUCAGUACCAGUGAUUUAGUUGAGUAGAUAGACUGUUUGACCAUCACACGGUGGAACUGUUAGUGAAUGGGAAUUAAAAACCGGAAGUGAAAUUAGCAAACUAGCUAACGUGCAUUUAGCUACAUUCAGCAGCCAUGACGUUGAAGAUGAGCAAAGGUUCGUCCGUUCUUCAGGGUGCGUUCCUGCUGGCUGAUAAACUGUGUCUCCCCUCAUCGCUGUCCUCUCUUCAGAAGGCUGACUGGAGCCGGGUGGGACGUCCGGUCCUGGAGGCCCUCAGAGAAAUCUGUGGGCUGGAUGAACGCGGUGGUCGUCCCUCUCCGUCGGCUGUCGUCUGGAUGAAGAACUUAGUCUGUGCUGUGUGGCUGAAGGCGUUGAGCGGGGAGACCGGAGAGGACGUGGAGGCGGCCUGGAGGGAGAACCCUUUCUUCCCCCUCCAGAACGGCCUCCCCGAGGUCAACCGCGUUGUCCUGCUGGAGAUGGUGAAGUCAAUGGCAGCCGCUCGGAUAUUUGCCCGUUUCCUCCUGUCUCUUGCUCAAUCUCAGAUCUGUACCGAGCUGGAAAGGUUAGUGCAGCACGUGAGGAGCAGCCCCACCAGAGAGGACGACGUUCGGCUCUUUCUGGAGGUCUGGUGGGAGCUGUGGAAAGGCAGAGAGGAGCAGAAAGAUGGAACAGAGGACGACACGGAGACGAUGUUCGCCAGAGAGUUUGCUCGUCUCUUGUGUAAGUCUUCCAGUCUGUCCCCUCAGGCUGCCAAGAGGUUGAAGCUGGAUGCGUCAGAUCUACCAGCAUCACCGCUGACCGCUGAUGUCCUCCACAUUCUCCUUCACGCACUCAAAGACCUAAAAGAUCACAUAUCUAGAGCAGACCUCUGCCUGCAGGCCCUCUCCAUCUCUCUCGAUGCUCUCUACACGGCCUUCCUAAUAGACCGAGCAGCUGUGCUUCCCACCAAAGAGAAGAUGCUCCUCCUGUCUAAAGUUGUAGGCAUCAGAGAGGAGAACGAAGAGAAACUGAGCCCUGAACUUAUCCAGGAGGCUCAGAGGGACAUACGAGCGUCUCACACGCCAUCGCUGUUUCAGCCCAGCAGGAUGAAGCUCGCUGAAGCACUGACGAUUGUAACAGAACUCGCUCUGUUUUGGCAAAACAGUGGGCUCCUGAAUGUGUGUGACGGCUCUAAACCGAGCUACUCGGCAUUUAAGCUCAAACAGAGCGUCCAAAGAGUUCUGGCAGCUCUACAGGAAGCGCCUGAAACUACGACUGAAACGGACGAUCAAGACCCUGAGAAGAAAGUACUCAGAGGUUUUCUGGAGUCGCUGGCGUUCCCUGCCACAGAGAGCACCGCUGAGGUGAACAUGAGGGUCACUGCGACCAUCAUCAGUCACCGCCUGGAGGACUACCAGAACUUCGCGCUGCUGUUCGCCAGCGAGAAGAGUUGGGCCGCCCACGACGCCCUCUGGACGGACUGCCUGGAGAAGAACCAGGCGGCCUUCCAGCAGCAGGACGCUCUGAUCCAGCUGAGCUCCGCCCUCGUGGGCAAACUCCACGGCGAGGACGCCGACGUGAGCCGGUGCAGGAAGCUGAUGAAAGUCGUCGCGGACAUCUUUUCCGCGCUUUCCUUGAAAGACAAGAACGGAGCGCUGGCGGCCAUGUUGAGGCUGUCCUGCAGGGGGUUCUUCGGUUGCUCCGUUCCCUCCGCUGUGACUGAAGGGUUCGAACAGGAGCUGAACAUGGCCUUCAACUGCCUCAUCCAAGGAGGCGGGGCGACGAUGACGACGCAGGGCAAUCUGAACACGGCCGUCUCUUUAGUCGCUAGAGUUGCGUUUCAGAACCCGGAAGCCACAUUGAGGUCUUGUUGUCAUUCGGCGAUCUUCAACAAAGGCGCGUUCUCUCUUAUGGCUAAAAUCCUGCAGCAGCUGCCUGGACUCCGAGGACACGGCGGGAGGAAAGAUGAAGCUCGAGGUGACGAAAAGGCAGAGGAGAGCGCAGACGAAGGGGAGGAUGGUCCGAGUGGUAGCGCUCUGCUCUGCAGGUGUCUGCAGGAGACGAUCGGGACCAAAUCGCUGUCGGCCAAUGAGAAGGAGCAGCUCCUCGAGUAUCUGGGUCUGCUGAUGACGCCGGUCGAGGGAGGAGAAGAAGAAGAAAGGAGGCAAAGCUUCCUGACUCCUCAGCAGGUCGUGAACGUCUUCGUCCUGCCGAACAUCUCCGCUACGGGUCAAAGCUCUGUUGAUGUAGAACUGAGUCUGCGACUUCUCCAGACCGCUCUCUCCGUGGACAUCCAGGAUCCGGCCUCGUGUCCUCACUGGGUGUUGGACUGCUCUCCCUUUCCUCUCCUCUAUGUUCUGGCUCAGCUGCAGAACCAGACUCUCAGGUGUUGGGAGCAGCCCCCGGAGGGCGGCGUCCCCCGCUGGUCCAUGGACACCAAGGAGCUGCUGGUGUCGGUGCUGACGUCACUGGGGGGGGUGGUGGGAGCCGAGGUGGCGGCUGCCCCCAGCCGCUGGUCCAGAGCUCUGUUCUGGCUCUACAACAAAACGGGGCAGCUGGACUGGACCGUUCGCUUCCACCUGAAGCCCGUUUGGGGGGAACACUUCAAGAACGAGGUUCCCUCGUCUCUGCUGACGGUGUGUGAUCUACCGGAGCAGGAGUGGUUGGGCUCAGACCUGCCUCAGUAUGGACAGGGAACCGGUCUGUUGGCCUGGAUGGAGUGCUGCUCCGCAUCCGACUCCCUGCGGUCCACCAUGCUGUCCCGUCUCUCCCUGGACCAGCGCCGGCCGGACCACGUGGGCAUGUUCAGCAAAGGCCUGCUGGUGGCUCUGACCCAGACCCUGCCCUGGUGCUCCGUCUCCCAGUGGACCAGACUGCAGGGAGUCCUGAGGGAGCUGAUCGCCUCGGGUCGCCUCCACGUGCCCUUCUCUCUGGAGUACGUGGACUAUCUGCCCCUGCUGGAUCUGAGGAGCUUCUCGUGCGACCUCCGUCUGUCCGUCCUCCUGCUCCGGGUCCUCCAGCUGCUCUGCGGGUCCAGCUGCUCCCACUGGCUGUCGGCGGACGGCUGGUCGCACGUUGCCCGACUGUACGCCCUCGCGGUGAGGGAGGUGAUGAACUCGGUAAGAGCCAAGCUGCCUCUUCCUUCAUCUGCAGCGUUGAACGUCUCCGCUUCAACGCCUCCGAAAACACCGACGUCUAGAGACUCCGAUCCUUCCUGCACUCCAAUCAAAGCUCCGAAAAUGUCCAAAGACCUUCAACGAGCAGGAGGCUCUCCUGUGACAUCGAAGGAGUCCCACAUGGAGGAGGAGGUGGAGGGGUUUCCCUCCCAAGAGGUCCUGUUUGUACUCAGCCAGCUCUUCUGCCAUGUUCAGCACAUCCAGGUGAUGAUGCCAGGAGGUCAGAGUGAGCCGCUGUUCCUCUCCAGUCUGGAGAUCCUCAGCCACUACGAGGCCGUCAUGGCCUCCUUCCCGCGCAGCAGCAGCCCGCUGGAGAGCGACAACACGCGACACUUCUUCUCCACCAUCACGGACAACCUGCAGGACCACGACAUGAAGGCCGUCCUGCGGCAGAAGAUCGCUCAGCUCGUGUCAUCGGCAGCUUGAAGAGGGAUUUUCAUGCACGAUCGAGAAGAAAAGAUCCGAACGUUUCCAACAAUCUUUGCGGAAAGUGUAACCGAGGCUCGAGACACAAGAUGAUUUAUCAAAUGCUCCUUUUUUUUUUUUUUUUUUUUUUUUUUUUUGAGCAUGUUUGCUGAUAAAUCAAGGAUAUGAUUGCUGUUAGUCAUUCUCUGCACUUAGCCAACUUAACAAGUUACUACAAAGUGAUGAAUUUGAGUGAAUAAAACGCCGAUAUGUCAAAGCAAAUAUCUUUUAGUUUUGUCUCGGUAAUAUUCAUUUAUGCCCUGAAAUUAAACCAGUGAAGAGUUUCUUGAAAAGCAUUAAUUUAAAGUUUAACUGGAUAUGAAACUGUUUUAAUAUAAUACUGAUGCCUCCACAUAAAUCUACAUAAGGAGACAAAAAGCCUUGUAACUUUAAAUUAAAGAUGUAUCCUACAGGAGCACAGAAACACUAAAUACACAAUUUAAUACAAUAGACGAGUAAAAAGAGUUUUAUUGGUACAAAAAAAACAUUCUCUGCAAUUAGUAAAAGCUUUAAAGUUUUGUUACAAAGCAACAGCUGAAAACAAAUCGCAUAAUGAUGUAGUGCAUUUCUGUAUAUAUAUUAGAGCCACAGUGGAGGAAUUAUCUGAGAAUAAAGUUAAACAUUUUAAAGAGUUUGAGGAUAUUUGGUUUAUUGUCAAAAUUGCAAAAAUAAAGUUAAGUUUCUCAGAAAAAAGUUAAAUUUCAAGAAUGAAUAGAAUUUAAUUUUGAUUGAAAAAUAUUACAAGUUUCUCAGAAUAGUUUAACUUUAAUCUGAAACUACUUUAUUACUAAAAUUGUUGCCAUUUUUUUCUGAUAAAACAUUAAAAUGAUCCUCUAAAUAACAGUUCCCCACACAUUACUACCUGUUCUCUCACUAGCUGCGGUCGUUUCUUUGGUCUCUUUGUGAACCAGGUCGUUGUAUGAAUGGGUCAGUGUGUCUUCGGCCUGUCUUUGUCUCCCGUCCCUCUGUUCUGUCUCAGGUACAGUCUGUUGGCCUUCCUCAGCAGCAUGAUGAACCAGUUCACCUGAGGAGCCAGGAUCACCAGGUUACCCAGGUUGCAGUGCAGCGGCAGGUGGAAGGCCACCCUGUGGAGGGGAACCCCGAACUGCCGGCCGUACA